AUGUCAGUAGAUGAGUUGUCAGACGAACGAAAAGACUUGAUUUCCCAAUUCCAAACUAUAACAGGAUUAGGACCUGAAGAUGAAAUUGAGAAUAUACAUAAAUUGUUGAGGGUCAACGACUGGAACCUUAAUAACUCGAUUUCCACCUACUUUGAUAGCAAAUUUGCAUCAGUUGAAUCACAGGUGAUUAGUUCUGGUUUUGAAGCAUUGGAUAACGGUGAUAAUAGUACGCACUUGAGCCACCGGGCUUUUAGUGAUCGUGAUAAUGUGAUGAAUUUACAGAGCCAAUUUGCUUUGGACAGCUUCUUACCUCGAUUACCGAAAGCACACAGAAUCUCUAAUAACUGGCAAUUAGAUGUGGGGAUUCAUUCAUCAUUGAAAUCCGCAGGUAGCAGUGCUGAUUCAAAGUCAUUGGAACAGAAGAAAUCACCGGUCACAUCCAUUUGGCUAAUUUUGUUGAUAAUCCCUAAGGCUGUCUUGCAAAUCAUAAUAUCGAUUUUCAGAUUUUUGUUCGGUGGUUCAGGUAAUAGAUCAAGAAGCGUUAAUAGAUUCCCUAUUGAGUUUGAAUAUGACAACUACGAUGAUAGCUAUUCGUAUUUGAACUGGUUGACAAGUGAACUCAAUGGUGAAUCAAAUAGAGAUAUUAAUUACAGUGAUGAAAAAUUCGAGGACGUGAUGGAGAAAGUUGAAGAAGUUGAUAAAAGAAACCCUUCCGUAUUAGAUAACUUUAAUAUAAUUGAUAGUGGGUUUAAUGAAGUACACGAGAAAACCCAAAGUAACUUUACAUGGUUGUUAGUAAUAUUAGUGAAUAAUAACCAGGAAGCGCAAGACUUUUUACAAAAUUUAUUGACAAAUGAUCAUUUUAACAGAGUAUUUAAUAAGAAUGAUGGAAUUUUUAAAGAAACGUCGAUAUAUUUGAACAAUGUGGAAAAGGACCCUGAGUCGUUUGAAGUUGGACAGACUUACAAAGUCAAGAAGCUUCCAUAUGUUAUGUUAGUUGGUAAUGUUUCUAAUAACCCAUCGAUAUUAUCAUCCAUGUCGAUAGUUUAUAAGUCAAACAUCCCUCAUGCAUUCAUAAGUAACGGAGAACUGGCAGCAACGAUCAAAAAGGUUCUCAAGAACUUACAUAAAUUAAUGGAUAAUUUCAAUGCACAACUAAUAACCCAGAGAAUUGACAAGCAAGAAAUUGAAAUUUCGCGGCUCUUGAAACAACAACAAGACGACGCAUACACUGAAUCAUUGGAAAAGGAUAGAUUAAAGAGGAUUCAGAAAGAAAAUGAAAUCAGGAUGAAACAUGAUCUUGAAGAGUUGGUCAAGUUAAGAGAAAGUUUCUUAUUUUCGUUAAUCCAAACCAAUUGGUUCGAAACCCUAAAUGAUAGCCCAGCUCCCAAAAUCAAAAUUUCCAUUAAAUUGCCAAACGGUAAGAGAAUUAUCGAAGUCAUCCUGACGUCAAUCACUGUCAAUGACUUACAUUUGUACAUUGAACUCAAGAUUUUCGUAAACGAUUUAAUCAACUCUACUCUAAACGAUUGCACCAAUGAAGAUGAAGUGUUCAGUUACAUCAAUUCCUUGCAAUUACCUGAUGAAAUGAUUUCUGUGAACGACUACGUGAAGAAAUUUGCUUUUAAAUUUGAGCUAAUCCAACCUUUCCCUAAAAAGGUUUUUGCAUCUACUAACGAGCCCAUUAGCUCUAUACCGGAAUUGAAAUCCGGAGUCAGUUUACUUGUUGAAUAUUUACAAGAGGAUAGCGAUGAUUUAGAUAGUGAUGAUCAGACUUGA